UUAAGCUUUUACAUAGCUUGAUCUUACUUUAAUAAAAAGACUCACAAGAGCUGCUUUUAUUUAUUUAUAGUCAAUUACUCAUCGUAAUAUGCAAACUGUUGAUGUUGUUAAGAUUUUAAAAAUCCAUCCGUUGCAGUGACCCUUAGGGAAACGAGGGAAAGUACCUGCUAUGCCGUUGAGUGUGUGAGUGUCUUGAGUUGAGUGUCUUGCAACUCCAUGGAAACAUAAAAGUGUGUCUUUGACCUCUGGCUGGAUAGGAUUUUAAAUGUCAUUGUUGCUUCUCCCACACAUUGCGGUUCCAUGAUAUGGAUAAGUUUCCCCCUCUCUACCAGCCGCUGAGUUUCUCACAGGCAGGUCGUAACGUUGUUUUGUUUGCUAGUCUUCUGAUUAAUUGUUGAUUGCUGUUGUUACUCUGUGUGGUUUAUUUCACAGGCAGAUUAAUUGGGUGUCUCUGUUCGGUUGAUAAAUAGGGCUCCAUUUAGGUUGUUUGUAUUUGUGAUGGUUGACAUUGUGAGUAAUUAUUUACUGUAGCAUUGCAGUGACUCUCAAACUGCUGAGGCAUGGAUAACUAAGGGAAAUGAAAGUGAAUGAAUAUGACUUUUUGAGGGUAAAAUAAAGAAGCUUUGCUGAUGCUGUUGCAUUGACUUUUUAACUAAAAUUCAGCUUGGUCAUGAGAAAAUAUAAAGUGUGGAGCAUUUUAAGGCUCUGAAGUGGAAUGUGCUAGAGAAAGGUCUGAAUACUAGACUGUUUUACACAAUGGUUAUUUUGGGCUUCCAGUUGCUGAUAAUUAUUUCCUUAGGCAGGGUCACAAGAGGUCAGUCUGAGGAGGGGUCUCUCAGAGGUCAUUUACCAGAGACACUCAGUGGUGCCUACUGAGCAUACAUGCAGGAGUGUAGCGACUCAGCGUCUGUCUGCAGACAAAUAAUCGUUUUUCUGUAUUUGUGAAUAAUAGGUCUCACUGUGACUCUGUGGACUCCAAAAGCUUUAUAACUGGCUUUGUACCCUUUCCAGGCUCUGUUUAAGUGAUUUCUUGAUUCAACAGGUCCACCAUUAAUCAGGCCAGAGUGUGGCAAGUAAAACUGAACUCAUAUGGUCAAUGUGGUUCAUUCAUGAUUUAACAAGGGGGGCAAUUACUUUUUCACAUAGUGCCAGGUAGGUUUGGACAAAUCAUGAUUUAAAAACAUCUGAAACAUGUAAGUGUAAUAAAUAUGGAGGGAAAAAAGAAAUCAGGAAAGGUGCAAAUACUUUUCACAGCACUUUACCUGCACUAUUUCAGAGAGGGAAAAACUGUGCAGUACACAUGAAUGAAUUGUGUUUGUAUAAAUGUGUCCUGUUGUCGUAUUGGACGGUGGUUUCACAUGUUGACCUGUUUUGUUGCACUCUGUCCUCCUUGGUUGGCCUUGUUGCAGUAAAUAUUUGUGUAUAACACUUGAGCCUCCUCAGUGUUCUUCCUGCUCGAGGAACUUGGUCUGUUUACAUUUUAAACAUUGGGGAACUGGUUGACUUUGCUAAGAAAAGCUUUGAAAGUAAAAUGAUGCCAUUUGCACAUAAUUUUGGUUUUUUUUGUUUUUGUUUAUUUGUUUGUUUUUUACUAUUCUUUUGGGAGGGUUUGUAAGCAAAGUUAUGGAGACUUGUCAGGACCUUGGGUGGAAAUCAUUUGUGGUUAGUCUGCGGUAUCUGAGGAAGCCUGAAUGACUUUUCAUCACACUUGUAUGCAUAUCCUGUGCCGUGUGGUGGGCUUACCUCUCAGGAAGCACAUAGGAACUCAACCUGAUGGUAUUUAUGACAGAACAUUUCCUGUCUUGACUCUUUAUGUUUUCCAUCAGUAUAGGCCAAGUCCCCAGAGGUUGUUACAUUUGACACUGGUAUUUGCAACGAUGACUAUGUCCCUGCAAGGGCUGGAUGUAACCGAAGAAGCUACGGUGCCUGUGAAACAGAUCGAAAUGAGCACAAUCAAUAAGAUGGCGAGGCAUCCAAAGUACUGUCCUGGAGUGAACAACAGUCCAGGUUACCUGUGUGAAACGGGACAUUGCUGCGGGGAGACGGGCUGCUGCACCUACUACUAUGAACUCUGGUGGUUCUGGCUCUUGUGGACGGUGCUGAUCCUCUUCAGCUGUUUCUGUGCUUACCGCCACCGCCGGGCCAAGCUGAGAAUUCAACAGCAGCAGAGGCAAAGAGAAAUCAAUCUGAUCGCUUACAACGGCGCUUGCAACUACCCUUCAUCAAUGCUGGACCUCAGUUUUCUGGCUUCCUUCAAGUUGCCCUCUUACGAGGAGGUUGUUGCGCAGCCCAGCACCCCGCCCCCUCCUUACAGCUCCAUCUUUGCACUGCAGGGAGGUGCCACAGUAGGUCCUAGCUCCUCUUACCCCCAUCAUCACCACCACCGUCACCCCUGCCCUCCCUACUUGGGCCCCGGCCCCAGCGGUCUGACCUCCUCACAGAGCUCUGAUAACUACACCAGCUGCUCCUGUGAGUCUUGCUCCCUCACCUCCCCAUCCAGCACCUCCUUCUCUGUCCAGGUGACGGAUGAGACGUACGACAGCAGCCACAUGUCCACGCCCAGUGAAGCAGGAGGAGAUUUGGCCGUGGUGCCAAGGGUCGGGGUCCCCUUCACGCUGAUGCCAUCGCCACCCUCGCAGGUUCCACCUGAUGUUAUACCUGCGGUCACUCCAGAUGUCAUUCCGGUGCAGAGAUGUUCCUCUAACGGUAGUGAAGGAGUCUCGCCUCCAUCUCAUCCACUUGCUCUCACUUUGCACUCCCGUCCUUCACACUCCUCUCGCCUUCCGCUCUCUCCCCUCUCGCUGCUAUCUUCAAUUCCCGCUGGUCAAGUCCACCCUCUCGUUCCAUCGGACCCACUCGGAGCCAUGGCUCUUCAGAGAGCGAAAGAAGAGACGUCACCUCAUGAUCCAAAAACCAGGCCCCUGCACUCAGCUCCUAAGCAGGCUCUCCUCUUAUCAAACGUGGCUGUCUCUGUGCACUGCGGCGGCAAGGAGGAGCAAAAAAGGGAAAAAGAAGAAGAAGAGGAGGACGACGACGAAGACGAGGAUGAGGAGGACCAUUUCCGGCAUCGACGGCUGACGGGUGACUCGGGUAUUGAGGUGUGCCGCUGCCAUGUGAAAAGAGGGCAACAAGAGGAUGAGGACCCAAAGAAGGGGCGCUUCGAUAAGGGAGGGAAAGAUGUCGUGAAGGAAGGGGAGAAGGUGCUGCAGGACGGCGUGGACUGUUCCCAGCAAAAGAAGGUCGCCGCGCAGUCGUCCGUGCCGGACGACUGCACGGAGGAGCACGGCCAUGUCUCUUCGCCUUCUAGCGUCAUCAUUAACAGAAACGAGGCUAUCAUCACUGUGGAGUCCCUGUAAGUAAACAGCCAUGGAAGGAAGGAAAAGUGGGAUAGCCUUUGUAACCGGAUGAGUGACGAAUUAAAGGAAAAAAAGAAAGCGAUCGGUCUUAGGGAAGAUUUGAGCUAUCAGAACAGAUUCACUGCAUCUUAGUGUUGGUUCUACAAAUCUCUGUAAAUCUACUGAAGGGAUGGCACACUAUUUUUUUUGUCCUUUUUUCUUUAAAAAAAAAGGGGCAUUUGGAUGAUGGUUGUAGAAAGUCUCCAAAAUCUUCCAUUAGUGUAUAACUGAGCUGAGAUCAGGUGACUGCACAGGCAUUAGCAAAAUUAUUGACAUGAUUUUCAUACUCAUCCAACCACCCAGUGACCUCUGAUGGACCGCCCUGUGGACGGGGACAACCCUGGAAGACUACUACGUUAAUAAGACGAGUGAACUAUACCAACAGCUUCUGGGUUUUCCUUUAAUUUGUCAUCCGCCUGUCGAUGAAGACUUAAGAAGUGAAAAAUGUGAUCACUGAAGAAAAGUCUUGGAGAGCUUACAGAAAUGUCUGCAAGCCAUCAGAUCAGAUGAGUAACAUUUUUAGGAGGGGGUCUCUGUAUUUUAUUUUGGGAUCCCCAGACCUCAAAGUUCUUGUGAUUUAUAAGAGAUGAUUUGGGUUUGUUGUGGAGUACGAGGUGUUCUUUUCUUAAAAUGCAAAUGGCUCAAAAUCCUAAAAAUAAUUCCCCUUUCUGCAUCCUUUUCUUGCUAGAGCCACUAUGAUAAAAUGUUUGUCAGUGUUUCUCUGUACGAAGCAUCGAAGCAGCAUUUUUAGCUCUGAAAUGGAGCUCGUAUCACCGGCUGCCAGCCUGUGGAUAUAAAAUAUUCUGACUUUUGUCAAAUCCACACAUUUUAACAUAAAAUAUUGGUCAUCUUUUUAGGCAUUAAAACAUGAAAGACCUUUUCUUUUUUUUAUUGGAGCCCACUUCCCUUAUCAUAGAUUGAUUCAGUGGGUCAGUGUUUUAUACCUUGUGUCUUAUGUUGCCUCCUUCUUAAAGAUUUUUUUAAAAAGGGGGGCGGGUACAAACUUUAAUUAAAUGUGCAGGUGGCAAAGCUUUACUAUGAUAUUGUAGUUAUACAUUAUAGUUUCGGACUGUUACAUCAGUAUACUGUAUACUUAGCCAGCUGUUUGUCUUUGGGUUCAGUGCAGUUUUAACGUGCUCCUGCCUUUUGCAAGGCAAUAUCACUCUGAAUCCUCGUGUUGAGUUUUUUACUAGGCGCACACUUUAAGCCUAAACUGAUAAUGAAUGUAAAAGGUUAUGCAUUGCAACAAAAAAACGCACUCAAAGCUGUUUUUUGAGGAUUUUUUUAUAGCAUGAUGCUCGACUGAAAGCUUUUUUUGUUUGUUUGUUUGUUUUUAACAAAAAGAAAAAAAAUAACAGAGUUAUGCCAGCGUGGCAAUCCAGUCUGUAGGCGUGUGCUUCGAGAAGUCACUUUGGAAAGACGUGCCCAUCGUGAUGACUGUUUGUGUCGAGUGAUACUUGUUAAAUAUCAAAGGUGUAAAUGUACGAUGGAAGCAUCUGAAGUCACAGAACAGAAUCUCCUUUAUUUUAAAUACUGCUGUGGCAAAACGGGAUUUCGCAGAGUCAGACUGUUUUUCUCUAAAUGCCUCCUGGUUGAUGACUAGUUGACAUCCAGAGCAAGGCCAAGGAUUGCAUUAGCCUGCCAUGCUCACCUGGCGGGGGAUAGCACAUACGUUCUCUCUCGUAGUUAUCUGUCAGUACAACAAUGUGCUCAAAAAUAAACGGAGAGCGUCUCACAACACAAUUUGUACAUGUUUGUCUUGCCGUAGUUGUUAUUAUGAGACAAGGGUCUCAGUAGUUCGCUGACUGGAGGCCACUUUUUUCGUGUCCCUAGUUGUUUAAUGCCUAAGGGCAAAGCUUUUAACUCUUAGUAGUGUGGAGAGAAAUCUAAUUUAGCACAGUUCACUCCUAAAAAAGAACAAGUCACAUUUGCUCUUUUGAACAUUCAGAUGUGAGUUUGCAUGGAAGUUUGAGUGGCAGUUUGCUUUCUGAUGAUCUCUUGAUGAUCAUCUUCAAAGCACCUCUGCAGUGACUCGCUGAUGGCCUGACAAAGAUGGUUCAUCCUCUGGACAUACUGGCAAAAAAGCCUUUUUGGAGCCUUGCGUUUCUUCUCAUUUUCAUUAGUUUUAGGUAAUGUGUGUCGUUGAUCAGUGGUGCCUAGUUGAAAAAGUAUUUUUCUGUUAGGAAUCCGUAGUUUCCCAGCUAAUCUGAGCGUGUGCGUGCGUGUGUGUGUGGAUUAGGAAUAGCUGUAAAUCGAAUGGCGAAAAUAUUUUCUAAGAGUACUUAGCAGUCUCUUUUUAAAAUGCUCAUAUUACAUGUGAGACUUGCAAAAAUAGUAUUUAGCAAUAGUAUUCACACUUUUUUUCCUUAUUCUGGUUUAUGCUGGCUGACAGGAAAUGAGAUGAACUGAAAUGACAUUUACCUCUUUAUGACUCAUAUGCUAGCUGUGCUGGGCAAAGGCCCUCGAUUGUACAAACACAGCAGUUUUUAAAAAAAAUGCCUUUGGCGUAAGUGCAAACUUAUAUUAUCGGGUUGUAUUUUAAAGCCCCAGUGUGUGUCUUGCAUGUUACUGACCUUAAACUUUAGUGUUUUGUAUUGAUUUUUUUUUAAGCUCAUCUGACUGAAGGUUCAGUGCGCUUACGCCACAGCGAGGCAUCCGUCGUCCGUUUGUCCCACCGCAAUUCACAAGAAUCCGUACUCCUCCCAGAGUACUGGUCAGAUUUUAAUGAAACACAGUGAUCACCUGAUGUGUCUUCACCCACACUGUGCUCAAGGUCAAGGCUGUACAAGUCAUUUUUACAAGAAUCGCUUCUCCUCCUGGAGUAUCGGUCUGUCUUUAGUGAAGCAAGGCUAGAUAAUCCUGGAUACGACUGUUUGUGAGCCUCCUUGACUUCUCCCUCGACUUUAAUUAUCAUUCAUUUGUGCAAAAGUGCCGCACAGCUUUCUUUCUGUACUUCACACAUUACAACAACCUUUGAACUGUGAUGGAUCAUGAAGCAAAUGAGCUGUAAUGUCACUGACGCUUUGGUUAGUGAGUGCUUAGUUUUUUACAUUUUAUUGUAGAUUUUAAUUAGGAUAAUUGUCUUAAGGGGCAUCAUUCUGUUUUAAAUUUUACACUUAGAAAAGAGGCCAAAAAAUACCAUUUUUAUAUGGCGUCCUCUUGAUAUUAGUUUAGAAAGUAUCCAUCCACUUUCUUCCGCUUAUCCAGUUCAGGGUCAUGGAGGCUUAGCUGGAGCCUUUGCCCGCUGCCAUAGAGCAGAGGUGGGGUACACUCUGGACACGUUGCCAGUCUCAUAUUCAUAUGAAUGGGCAAUUUACAAUGCUUGGAGUCUGAGAGUAAGCCAGAAGGAACAGGGAAAACAUGCAGACUCCCAGAAACACUUCAUGGAUUUGAACCCAAGACCUUCUUGCUGUGAGGCAACAGGUUCAACCACUGCACUACCGGCAUAGAAGCUAUUAACAGAAACACAAAGUUAGCGUGUGGAUCUAUCGGAUACUAGCUGAGGUGGUUCAGGCAUCCGAUUAGAAUGCCUCCUGGGUGAGAUUUCCUGGGCAUGCUCCCGUGGAAAGAGGCCCCGGGGUAGGCCCAGGCCACGCCGGAGACACUACGUCCCUCAGCACUGCCUGGGAAUGCCUCGGUGCUUUCCCCGAAUGAGCUGAAGGAGGUGGCUGGGGAGAGGGAGGUUUGGGAUUCCCUUUUGAUCCAGCCCCAGAUGAGCUGGUGGAAAGCGGAUGGAUGGAUGUUUAAUUUCUAUGACUGAACCUGAACAAGAUGGUGAAACAUAGGAGUCACACACUGGGGUUUAUUGUAUCCCGACUCCUGCUUUCAUUUGACGUCAGUGUAAAUAGAAGCGGUUUGAUUUGUCUCGCCUUGUCAGAAGCCAAUUUGUGUGGAGAAAUAUGCCCCAGAUUUUACCUUUGUUACCACUCUUUGGCCAAGGCCUGAUAUAAGACUGUUACCUCGCUCGAGUUUUGACUGUAAAGGACUGUUCUCUCCUUCUGAAGAUAGUAUCUACUAUAUAUUUGUACUGAUUUUAUUUUGUAAUGCCAAAAGUUAAAGAAUUGAAUAAAAAUACAAAAAAAACCCAAACCUCACAUUGGUACAGCCGUUGAACCAUUUUGCCAGAAAACAAAAAACAAAACAUCCAAUCCUUUUGAUUCAGGAUAACUCAAGACUGUCUCCUUCUACUCCUGCAGCUACGAGACAGCAGCAUAUAUAGCAGUAUGUAUAUGUGACUGUACAUGGAAUAGUUCCGAUUAAUAUUACUACAACAUGUGGUGUACUUUGAAGGUAUCUUUGUGCAAUUCUACCUGCGGCUCUUCAGCGUGUCGUACGUAUGUGUGAGAGAGUAACCGUGCCGUUUUCUUGUUAAAAAUCACUGUCGCUUAUUGUGAGGAUAAUGUUGAGUAUAAUGUUAACAUAAUAACUGUCGAUUUAAAAAAAAAAAAAGCCAAAACUUUUUCGUGUCAUCAUGGAUAUCAAGUUGAUUUUGUAUCUUGGUGUAAAGCAGAUUCAGAGAUUUCCGAUGCAUACUGAGUGAGAUGUUCUCACGUUUGUUGUGUCUGUUUGGUUGCACACCAUCAUGUUUUUUUGCUUUGUUUGUUUGGGGGGUUUUUUUGUUUUGUUUUUUAGAAGGUGGGGUUGUAUUUAGAUUUCUUCCAUCUCACUGAUCAUCACUGAGAUUCUGCGAUAUUGGACGCAGACGUCUGCUUAACUCUAUUGAACAGAAAACUGGAUUUUGUGUCAAAAUAAAUGUGCUACCAAAUACAUGUGUGUACUUCUGCUUCACAUUAUACGCGCCUGUAGUUCUCACAUAUUCUGCUGUGAAAUACACCCGAUCUGCCGCCUGACUAAUCUCCUAUUCGUGAGUAUCUGUCGCCGUGAAUGACUCAGAAUAAAUCCGGCAGUCAGCUCUGACUCUGAGAGGUUUUUGACUUUUCUGAAGUUUGAUAUCUGUGUCCUUGCCUUGCUGGCAAUGCAACAGUGAUGAUCACACAAAGUAUAAGAGGCUGAGAAGUGAUCCUCUAUACUCUAAUCAGCCACUUUAUUAGGUACACCUUGCUAGUACUGAGUUAGACCUAUUUCAAACUUCACAUUUUCUUUAAUUCUUUAUGGCAAAGGUUUAAUGAGGUUUGGUGUAUUAUGCAUUCAAAAAUGAGUGGUUGUUUUAGUUACCUUUUUCUUUCCUACCUGCUCAAAGCCGGCCACUCUCGGCCACUCUCCUCUAACAACUGUAAUCAGCAAGAACUGCCUCUCACUGGACAUUUUCUCUUUUUCAGACCAUUCUCUGUAAACCCUAGAUAUGGUUGUGAAAAUCCCAGCAGAUUAGCAGUUUCUGAUAUACUCAGCUGUCUGACACCAACAAUAAUACCACAUUAAAAUACACUUAAAUCACAUUUCUUCCUCAUUCUAAUGCUCAGUUUGAAUUCCACCAGGUCAACUUGACCAUAUUAUUUCAACCUUUUUUCUUUAAGGAAGAAAGAGAGCCUAUUCGACCUGUCAUAGGAUCAAAGGCAGGAUAUACCCUGAACGGGUCGUCAGUCUGUCACAGGGCUAAAACAUCUCUAUGUUUGUGCUCACAUUCACACCUUUGGACAGUUUAGAAUCUCUAGUUAACCUAAUCUUAACCUAAUCUUUCUUCCUCCCACAGUCCCAGUACCUGGAGAGAAUCCAAUUAGAAAGGCCCCUAUUAAUAAGCAAGCAGCUGUACCCAAUGAAGUGGCCAAUGCGUGUAUUUUCUCACUUAUACAAGUUUUGAGCUUACGUGUUACCUUUGAAAAGGGACACGUCUCCAGUGCUGAGCUUCACUUCACUGCCCUGACUCAAAACAACAAUAAUACUCUUAUUUCACAAACUCACACACACUCAGAGUAACCGAAUCGCUCAAAUCUGCUGUCACAAUCUAUAGUCAUACAUUCCUAAGUUAAUCUGCAUUUAAUAAAAUGCCUACAGCAUCAAGUGAAGAAAACAUGGAUAAACCGGUUCAUCGAUGGCAUGAUGGUAUCAGUGUGUACCACCCACAUUCAACGACACGUGAAGGUGGACCCACUAUCACCGUGGGGAGAAAGAAAAUGAAGAAAAUGUGCACCGUGAUCCAACAUUUGGCUAAGCCAGUGAGUAGACAGGCAGGCCAUUACAGUGAAAGAAUAGUGUGACAGUGACAAAUACUACGGGCCCAUGUGAUCAAACAUACUUUAACGCCACCUAGCGGUGAGAUUUCAGAUGACAUAAAAAGGUGUUUAAAUGUGGAUUAUCACGUUUUAUCUAUUUAUAGCAAGUUGAUCAAUGUACAGUAAGGAGUCACAGAGCAACUUGCAUGUAAUCAGAUACAGACCAGGGCUGCAUAAAGCCUCAAAAUCAACAAAUAUAAAUAAAAGUAUUAAUUGUAACACUAGUAAAAUUCACAAGGAUUGUAACAGUAGAAGCAAAAGAAGCUAGAACAAGGCUGAUCCAAAUAUCUGCACCACUAACAUCUGUUCUCCAAUCAUUCAGUGGCCCCUGCAGUAAUGUGACUGAAGAGUCUGCAUUUCAAAGGAAACUACUUUAGGUACUCAUAUCAGGGACAAACAGGCACUGUGCGAUGGACGGUUUCUUUAAAAUCUUUAUUGGUCUUAAAUAAUUAAAUAUAUGUGUAACAACAAAAAGAUGAGUAAGCCUAUAUAUAAAAGGAUAUAGCGCAUCAAAAGGCAAGUAAACACACACAAACUACCCCAUAGCCCUACUUUAAAAGUAUAAUAAUUAAAACAAAACCGAUCAUUCAUGCAUAAGAAAAACCCCUGACGUAACCUCUCUAACCAUUCUGAUGAAACUCUGCUGGGCGGUAAUCCUGUUGAAUAGAAGUGGGCGGAACAAUACAAAUAUGUUAGUAUCGAUACCAACACUGGAAUUUCAGAGCUACCAGCGUAGUAGGAUUGUUACUUUGUUUCUAUCCUCUGAGUUCAGCAUGUGGUCCACUGAUCUGUGUUAAACAAAUUAUUUUUUGGAAAUCAAAAAUACACAAAAAAAGAAAGGCAGAAAGGUGAGUUCUUGCUGUCUUAACAAAUUAUUGUGGAAAGUAAAAGUCGUAGUGAUUUAGUUGUCAUUAAAAUGUGUGAAUUUUCAGAGUGACACUGCUCUCACGCUGCCUUUACGGGUUAAAAAUAUCGCUAUCAGUAUCGGUAUCAGCAGUUCUGGCCCUGUAUUUACUUGGUAUCGGAUCGAUAUCAAAAAACAGCACUGUUUGGGUAUUUUCCGUUGGAGACGUGCAGACGUUUGCUGCUCUGUGAUUGGUCGCUAGGGAUUAGCACCCACCCCCUGCGCUGACCACUCCCCGUCCGCGUUUUCGACACGUGACUCCUCUCGCGUCGCUCCUGCAAAGUUAAAAACAGACUUUGUUUAUCUUCCAGGCUGUUUGAUGAAAUGCUCUUCAACUAGUUCACCCGCUUCCUUCCCCCCACAGCGUGAUUGUUUUUUUUAACUUUACACCCCAGCUGUGCACGCGGACAAGAGGACUGAACUCCUCCAUCUCGCGCCUUCACUCAUUUUUACUCAUCUUUUUUUUUACUCCUCUCUAAGCUAAGCAC